CGCGGGUCACGUGAGGCGGCGGUCACGUGACGGAGCGAUGGGGACGGCGCUGGACGUGAGGGUGAAACGCGCCGGGAAAGUCUAUCGGGAUGGGGAAAUUCUUUCUGGAGUGGUGGUCAUAACCAGCAAGGACACGGUGCAGCACCAGGGGAUCUCCUUAACCAUGGAGGGCUCCGUGAAUCUGCAGCUCAGUGCCAAAAAUGUGGGGGUGUUUGAGGCCUUCUGCAACACUGCCAAGCCUAUUCAGAUUAUCAACAGCACCAUUGAGAUGGUGAAACCAGGGAAGCUCCCCAGUGGCAAGACAGAAAUUCCCUUUGAAUUCCCACUGCAAAUGAAGGGCAACAAGGUUCUGUAUGAGACAUACCAUGGAGUCUUUGUCAAUAUCCAGUACACCCUGCGCUGUGACAUGAGACGUUCCCUGCUGGCAAAGGACCUGACCAAGACUUGUGAGUUCAUUGUCCACUCCAUGUCACAGAAAGGGAAGCUGCUGCCGAGCCCGGUGGACUUCACCAUUACUCCUGAAACUCUGCAGAAUGUCAAAGAGAGAGCCUCCCUGCCCAAAUUCCUGAUCAGAGGGCACCUGAACUCCACCAACUGUGUGAUCACGCAGCCGCUGACGGGGGAGCUGGUGGUGGAGAGCGCCGAGGCGGCCGUCAAGAGCAUCGAGCUGCAGCUCGUGCGUGUGGAGACCUGUGGGUGUGCUGAGGGCUAUGCCAGGGAUGCCACGGAGAUCCAGAACAUCCAGAUCGCCGACGGCGACGUCUGCAGGGGCCUCCCCAUCCCCAUCCACAUGGUGUUCCCCAGGCUCUUCACCUGCCCCACCCUGGAAACAACCAACUUCAAAGUGGAGUUUGAAGUGAACAUCGUGGUCCUCCUGCACGAUGACCAUCUCAUCACAGAGAACUUCCCCCUGAAGCUCUGCAGGAUGUGAACAUCCACAGGAGAAGAAGCAGGGAAGGAUUUUCUGGGAAUUCCUCAGAGGGAAAGUGGAACUUUAUCCAUGCCUGGCUUCAGCUGGAGCCACCUCACUCCCUUCUUCUGUGGGCACUUCUUGUGCUUCCACUUUGUUAACCUGGCCAAGACUUUGCCUCUCUGCAUUUCCCAGUCCUGCUGCCUUCAACAACCACGUUUUUCCCAAUUUUUCUCAGGCAAAUCCUGAAGGAAUCAUUCUGUAGCUUUCUACAGCUUGUAGAAGUAUGUAGCAGGUUCCUCUCUUGGUUUAAUUUUGUAAUAUUUGUUCCAAAGUCCUUUGAAGCCCCCUUAAAACUCAUAAAUCCCAUUCCAGCCAUACUGGGAGGGUAUGGGAAUUGUGACAGAAUGAGAAAUAAGGUCUUGGAAGAUCUAAAAAAUGGUGCUACAGCUCUGGAAGGUGGUGCUGUGGGAUCUGUCCCAAGGUGGAUGGGAAAUGAGUGAUUUCAAAUCACACCAAGCAAAUUUUGGUCAAACUGCAAACAGCAGGAAUUAAUUGGAGAAAUUCAUUGAUGUGUUUGUGACUGUACAGCUUAAAGGAGAAGUAAUUCAGUAAGAAAUAACCUUCCCAACACAAACAGGCUGUAGAUUUUGAUGUUGUUUUCAUGGAACAGCCACAACUUGUGCAUUUUCCAUUAAUUUUCCAUGUGGGGCAGAGGCAGGCUCAGGCUAUAUUAUUGUCGUGGGUUUACAGGAAGCAGGUUUUCUGGGAAUGGAGUGGCCAGAGGCCAAUAGGUGUUCAGAUUUUAAAUUGACACCAGGCUUGGCCACUGAGGGUGGAUGCGCCUCUGAGAACACAGGG